UCCGAGUCACAAGCAACCCAUUACCCAUAAUGUCGGCGAGGACAUAUGCUUUGGGCCUAAUUUGCCUUUUGGUUUUCCUUCUAGGAAGUUCCACGACCCAAGCCCAGGCUAGUGAUUAUGUGGAACUCUGUAACUUAACCAGCAGCAUCGCUGUGGAUCUUAGUCAGUUAUCUGGCAUUUGGUGGGAGGUGGCCCGUCAGCCGUCCGCAACCGACUUUUGCACCGAAGUCAAUAUAACAGUGCUGCCAAACCAAGUCCAGGAUAAUGUCUUAAUCGAUACCACAUAUGCCGUAUCGCCCGAUUACCCGUGGGUGAAUCAAACUAUGAAUGCCACGAUCACCGUGGAGAACGUAACUAUCGAACAGGAUGGCUUCAACUUCACCUACUGGAAUCCGCCGGGCUACACCCCCUAUACAGUGUACAAGGUCCUUUACACUGACUACACCGACGCGACCCUCAUUUGUGGCUAUACGAAUCAGACCGACAUGUCCACCUCAUUCGGCAUAAUCCUCUCCAGAGAUCGUGUUCUCACCACCGAUGCACUGAAUAAACUGGAGAGCUUUGCCUUUGGCCUGUCCUCGAACUUCUUGAAUGGCACUAUGUCGGUGAUAACUCAGGGCGAAUCUUUUAUUCCUUCCAGUUGCUAUGCACCAUCCGGAGCCGAUCCCUCUACCAUCGUUUCCAUGCUGUUGAUUGCCCUGGCCUUUAUUAUUGUCAAUUGUGUUGACCGUCAAUUAAUUUAGUCUACAAGAAAGAUAACCAUUUUCGCUUUGGUUUUCAACUAACCUCACUUAACUUAUCUUAACUUAAAACAUAAUUUGCGUUGCAUAGAACUUUAAAUGUAAAUAUCAAAACAAAAAAUAAAAGCAUUCGUAUUCAUUAUCUA